AUGUGGCCCGUGCGGGUCAACGCGAGGGACUUGGUGCAUUCUGGAGUUCUGGUGUUCGCCCAUCCAUCAUCGCGACCGACGCGCGCCGCGCAUUCACAAGCAAAUCCACCAUUGUGCCAGGCACACAGCUGAAAUCACGCAUGCGUCGCGAUCCGUUUCCGAGUAGCCCCGAGUGAAUGCGACAGCCGCAACAUGGCCCCAAACAGACCGGAGGAAUCAUCCGUCGAGCGCACCCAAGAAUAUGAAGACUUCCUAAACACUUUGGCCGAAUACCACGAAAAGCGCGGCACUGUUCUGGACCGUGAACCCAAGGUCGGGAGCCGACACAUCGACCUUUUGCGGCUCUACAAACGCGUCAAUGAGGAGGGAGGCUACGAUAGGGUUUCAGAUACCAAAAACAACAAGCUUGCGUGGCGCAAAAUCGCGACCGAGUUCCUUCCCAAGAGCCCCAGCAUCACAACCCAGGCCUUUUUGGUGAAGACAGCCUACUACAAGAACCUUGCCGCCUACGAGAUAUCUACCGUCCACAAGCGCGAACCGCCGCCGCCCGAGAUCCUCGAGAACGUAUCUGCCAAGGGCGGAGACCUCCUAAACCGAACCGUCGACAACUUCUUCCCACCCAGCAGCCGAGAGGCAGAGCGAUUAAGAGGAGACGAAGACUCGGAAGACGAAGACGACGUCGAAAAGACACCAAAAGACGACAAGAUGGAUGUGGAUGACCCUGGUAGCGUUGGUCGGUCGACAAGGUCCCUCCGCCAUGCACCGCCGCAGCGCGUACUCUUCCAGCCCGAGUCUUCAACGCGACAGACGCGCCAGUCGACAGGCCAUCUGACCUCGUCACAAGCAAAUGGUUAUGGCACCAGUGGAGCAGCCAUGACGAUCGCGAACUACGAGCCGCGAACCGCCGUACCAGCCACCAUGAAGCCCGUCGUUACUCCGUCAAACUCCCUCGAUACGUACAUACAGUCGCGCAAGAAGUACAUCCUCAACAAGAAGAACAGGCCAGUGCCGCUCAAGGGCAUGAUGCUGCCUGGUACCGGGUUCCCGGGACCCAGCAUCUACAUUCGUGCUCUGAAUGCGCUGCGUUCCAAGGAGCCGGAGGAGGAGGCAUACGCGCUACACCACCUGGUCAAGAUCUCGCACGAGCGAGGGGACAAGUAUCGCUUCGACCAGUUCCCGGGGCUCGCAGAGGCGCUCAUUGCCAAGGUCAUCGAUGUCUCCGCAUUGUUCUAUGACGUGAACUGGGACAUAUCCUAUGUCGAGGAGGAAUUCAAUCAGCCGCAAACACUGAACGGACUUUCUGGUACCCGCGACCUACUACAGCGCAUCAAGUCUCUCCGCAUGCUCGACAUGCAAGAUAACCUCCUGCCGGAGCAGUCCGCAAAGGCCCUCAACAUGAUCAACGAGGCUGCGCUGAUUAUCAGGAACAUGGUGAUGCUGAAGGAGAAUGCCAUUUUCGCUGCCUCUGUGCCAACCAUCCAAGACAUGAUUACCAUCGCACUCAAUCUACCACACCACUCUACUAUUGUGGAGCUGCAACACUACGCCCUGGAGAUCGCCGAGCAGCUGACCAAGUAUUGGAUAUUGGACUCGCAAAGCCCGCUCUACCGCUCUUUGCUGGCCCAAGUCGACUCAGACGACCGUGGCCGCAUCAUCACAUCGUUGAGAGCACUUGCGCGGAUAGCAAUGAACCUGGAGGCUACCAACAAGCUUUCGGACGUGCCAAUCAAGACUCUCAAGUCGAUAUGUGACUGGCUGUUGGUAGAAGACGAAGACCUCCGCAUAGCAUGCCUGGACUUCCUCUAUCUAUUCACUGGAUUUCCUGAUAACGUCGAGAAGCUUGUACACGAAGUUGACAUUGAAGGCGUGAUAAAGCAGCUAGUCCGCCUACUACAGUACGGUGCGGUAGCCUACGAGGAACGAAGAAGUACUGCGAAGACUGCGAAGACCUCCGCGCCACCAGAGAAUGCGCCGAAGCUGUCGUCUGCUAUCAUAGAUCACCUAGUGACUCUUGAUGAGCCAGAACGGAGUUCACAGUGGCUGAAGACUUGUUUCGAAGAGGAUACAACAGGCGAGAUCACACAGAUCCAGUUGUGGUCAGCAUACAACGCCGCCUUCUCGGAGCACAUGACGAACAACCCAGCCAACUUCAAAGCGCUUAUGCCAGCAAAGGACUUCAUCACCAACGUCUCAACAACGUUUGGCGGUGCUUCCGCUCAGGUGUUGACCGUGGGUGGGCAGCCAAAGUAUACCAUAAGAGGUAUACGGCCACGAUCCGUACCAGUCGACCCAAGCACCAAGAGGCCGUACAUGCGGUGCUGCUGGCAUCCGCCGAGCCUGCUCAACGGACAUGCCGACUCGAAACAUUCGACUGCGAACAUCGAGUGCGGCGAGUUCGCUUCUGGUGCGCGCUCCAUGUGGGAACACGUUGUAAGUGUCCAUCUCCAAGUUCCUCGCGACCAGGAGACCGGACAGUGGUUGCUUGAGCCCAAGCUAGACAUCAAGGACAUUAUGGAGAUCGAAAACGGUUCUGCCACCGCGGCGACAAAAUACUACUGUCACUGGGGUGGCUGCACACGAUUUUCGCCUGACGGCACAGAAUCUGCGUUCGAAGCUGGACAGCAUGUCAAGACGCAUUUGCCUGAUACCAGCAUCAAGCAUGCCAUACAUGCAAAACACAACCGCACGCCUUCGGAGUCACGGCCCUUGACUUCAUCUGCACAAGGACGGCAUGAAAAUUCCCAGCCUCAAUUUGCACAGCCUGCUGGGCUAGGCAGCUUGGGCAUGGGCGGACGACACCAAAGUUCGUCGAACAGUUCCGCAAGUAGAUAUGGCGGAGGUCGAGACGAUGCAGCAGGAGCGCAAGCAGCACCCAACUUCCGCUACUACAAUACCGCAACUGACGAUACCAACGACGCCGCUGGUCUUCCUCUGUCCGCCGUUCUUGUUCUUCGUAACCUCGCUCGCCAACUCAACAAGAUCCCGCCACCUACUUCUGUCAUCGAUGUCACUUCUCCAUCAUCUCCGGUUCACAAGCGGACAUUUAGUGCCAGCGAAGGUAGUCCCGAAGCCGCGAGACGAGCCACAGCUGGUGCCAAGAAGCCACGUCUCAGCGAUGCGGCGGCGGAGCAAAGACGAGAGAACGAAGAGAAGGAGGAAGAAGAGGCGAAGAACGCCGGAUGGGUGCCCCGUAUCUUCGCCCCUCUACGAGACCAGAUUGCCUUUACAGCCAGUCAUAAUCUUACUCUGAGGAAUUACAUUGUUGGGCUACUUAAGGCCGUCGCUGAAGGUGGUGGCUAGGUGUAAUGUGCUUGCAAGAUAUUGUUUUACAGAAUGGCGUUGAUGAGCCUACAAAAGAGCGCUUGCUUUUUGACUGUACGAGCGAUAGGGUGUGUUUGGAGUUUAUACAUGUACGCAAGGGACUGUACACUUAGAUAUCUUACUAGUUCUAUGACACCGCACGACUCAGGUAUGGGUCGGGUUUGUGUAUGCUUACUACCUGUUACUUUCAUCGAGUCUACGUCCUCCACCUUCUUCAUACCGUCAUCUCGUGUCACGACUUACUUGGCGUUCGCGCCCCAUUUCGGCGACCGAGAUAUUUCAUAUUCUAGAUUGAGGAUAACUUGUAUUUGCAUAUUUG